AUGAGUCAGUCGUACAGGCCGACUUUUCGCUCAGCAUUUGGCUCUCCCAGCCAGCAGGAGCUGAGGCCCCACAAUGGCCUCUUGGGCACCUCCUACAGAAGGCAGUUCGGCAUGGCGAAGCUUGGAUCAGAGCAGCCAUCGGUGUCCGACUGUUACAGCCCAUUGAAGACGCUGCGUGGCUUCAACUAUGUUGUCAAAAAGGCUAACCUCCAUGCCAGGAACCACUUACGUGCUUCAAGCCCAAUCAGGGAUGUUGACGACGAGGGGCUUGAGCCACCGUCUGGCCUACUUCCUGCCUCGCCGUGCAACGAUGACACAAACUCAUUUGAAUCCCUGCCACCCUUCAUCAGGAAUGGCUUCCCCUCUCACAGUCCGGACAGCUUAGAGCAUUAUUCUCCUGCCUCAGAUGGCUAUCUGCAUUUUGGAGCGACUUUGUUUGACAGCAGUGCCACAAAAGAGCAACAACAGGAUCAUGCUGCUUACAAACAGAGCGAGGCCUUCACCCCUUAUCACCGGACUUGGGGACGUACUGUUAAAGGCUCUCAAGCCACAGCCAUUUCAGGCUCAGAGAAAAGGACGUGCCAACCUAAUGUUUUUAAUCUGAUGUCUAAAACUAUAUCGGAACUCCACCCUACUCUGAGCCCCAGCGCACUGCCUGAUAUUACCACGAGAGAUGGGUGGAGCAUGGACGAGGAAUCGGAAAGUGAUGGAGAACUUGCCUGUACUGAUCCUGGGCUGAUUUCGCCAUCUGGCACGAACUCUGAUCCCUACAGUCCAAAAACAAGGCCUCAUCCAUCAGUUCUACAUUUGGAAGGCGAGCUGGUGUGGGCAAAGUUCAACAGACGGCCCUGGUGGCCCUGUCGAGUUCUCUGUGACCCUCAGUUAGGCCUUCACACCAAAAUGAAACUUCCCAGUCCUCGCCCCUGUCGCAUGUACUUCCUGGAGACCAUUGGCGAGAUAGUCGAGUGUGCCUGGGUCCCUGGGAACGCUGUUUUUCCUUUCAAAGGGGGCUAUCAGUUUGAUGACCUUCCCAUGCUUAGACGGAGAGGGAAACAAAAGGAGAAAGACUACAAGUACUCGGUACCCAAAAGUUUGCAGUCUGCCUGGAAAGCUGCCGUCACGGAAGCUGAGCAGAUGCUGUCUGCGGGAGAACGGGAUGCCAAGACUUUGCCUGCAGUGUGCCUCAAUGGAGACGAGGCCAUACUAAGCCCACCUCAGGAGCCUCUCUCUUCCAGUGUGGAGGCUUGUCAGCACUCACGCUUUAAUGUUCCCAGUAGAAAUGAGCAUAUGGAGAAUGUUAGCUCAGAUCUGUCAUCUUCGUCAUCCUCCUCUUCCUCACCAAUGUGUCCCAUGGAUGUUUUCCAGGAUGUGAAGGAACUCACGUUUAAGUCUCUUCUCGACGAGAACAGCGACUCCCAGCUGAUCAAGGAGGAACCCUUAGUCAUGCCAUCGCCUUCCUGUAGUGAUCUGCCGAGGUGGUCUUCUGCCACUUUAAGUCAAGAAAUUAAAACAGAAGCAGCACAACAAACAGGAAAAACCAAGUGCAGGACUAAAUCUUUAAUGUCAGCAGACACCUACCACUUUGAACAUUUUCCCUCACGGAUUGAAAAUUCUGACAAACAACGGCGAAAACAAAGACUUCCUGCUAAACUGAAACUUUCUCCACCUGACCUGUCGCCCAACACUGCUCCCAGAAGGCAAUUUGUCAUUGGCGACGCUGAUUUAGUGAAUUCUGAUAAUCCCAUUCCCUGUGAACCUGCGGCCACCUACCUCAACAAGAGCUCUGAAUCCCCCAUUGCCCCAAAGAAGCGCUGGCAAAUGGUUGAGGAAAAUGAGGCGAAUGCCUCGUACACAGUAACAGCUUCUGCAGAUUUUCCUCUGGGAGCUAAGAAGCUGCUAGAUACAAACUCAUUCUCUGAGGAAAGCAGUGAAGCCGGGCAUUCUGAGAACAAACGCCUCCGGAAACCAACCAAACGACUUCUGGAAUCAGCAGAAGAAUACCAACAAAUAUUCGUCCCAAAAAAGCAAUCGAAAAGAGACGCUUUAGACCUUUCCGAUACGGUUCUGAGUGAUACCAAUGAAAUUGUGUCGCCAGUUCUUGAUCUCAGCAUUACAUCAGAGACACUUGCCUCAACAUCACUCUCCAUAGCACCACCUACGUCUCCAACUACAGAAGCAUAUGAUCAACCUCAUCAUCAACGCUCCCCUGAAGGGACCUCCACAAGCUCCUCCUCAACUUUACCACAACCCCUUCUUGAUGUGGUUAAAGCCGAAGAAGCUGAUCUACCUCUAAACCCUGUUACAAAGUUAACAGCGGAAAAACGAAGACCUCGGAAGCUGUCUCAGGAGGUUUUGGUUUGUACUAUUGAAGAAGUGUCAGCCCCUCCAAAGAAGCAGGAGCCAAAGUACCCUCCUAAGAUUUUCUCUGAAGUAAAAGUCUUGGUCAAGAAAGCUGUGAUACCUCAGAAGUUCAAAAUGAAAGAAGAUACGCUUGCAUCUGUAAAGAAAGGGAAACCUGUCCCCAGCACACCUUCUAUCUCUGUUACUGUUUCGCCAUCCUCUGAGACUGAAGAUGAUAUCAAAGUUGUCGCUCCAGUUAAGUCACCUGAGCAGAAGGCUGAGUUCAUUCCAUGCAGCACUGAAGAGAAACUUAACUCAGCCACUGAGCCCAAAGCUGAGGUGCUAGAUGACAGCAUGAUGGAAAGCCCAUCUUCCCAAGUAGACAAUAAAGGGAAAAUAGGUACUACUUCCUUUAAGGAGAAUGUCUGCCAGGUAUGUGAGAAGACUGGUGACCUACUGGUUUGUGAUGGCCAUUGUUAUGGAGCUUUUCACCCACAGUGUAUUGGUUUGCCUGUGGCACCCAAAGGAAGAUUCCUCUGCCAACAGUGCACAUCUGGUGAUCACACAUGCUUUGUGUGUAAGAAGCCUGGCAAUGGUGUGAAGCGAUGCAUUAUCCCACUGUGUGGAAAGUUCUAUCAUACUGACUGCAUCAUGGCCUUUUCAGCCACGCAGCGAUGUAACAAAAGCUUCCGUUGCCCCCUGCAUGUUUGUUUGUCGUGUCACAUCACCAAUCCUCUCAAUGCCUGCAGCUCCAAAGGACGUUUGGCCCGCUGUGUGCGGUGUCCAGUGGCUUAUCACGCUAAUGACAACUGCAUGGCAGCCGGGAGCGUCGUGCUAGCCAACAAUGGUUUUCUGUGUCCAAGCCACUUUACUCCUCGUAAGGGCUGCAAAAACCAUGAACACAUCAAUGUUAGCUGGUGCUUUGUGUGCUCUGAAGGAGGCAGCCUGCUUUGCUGUGAAGCCUGUCCUGCUGCUUUUCAUCAGGAAUGUCUCAAUAUCGAGAUGCCUCAAGGUAGCUGGUUCUGCAAUGAUUGCAAGGCAGGAAAGAGGCCACGGAACAAGGACAUACUGUGGGUCAAAUGGGGACGCUACAGGUGGUGGCCUGCUGAAGUGUGUCUUGACAAAGAUGUCCCAAAUAAUAUCUUGAGGAUGAAACAUGAGGUCGGAGAGUUCCCAGUGCAGUUUUUUGGCUCCAAGGAUUUUGUAUGGACUUACCAGGCCCGUGUGUUCCCCUACAUGGAUGGUGAUACUAACAACAUUGAAAAAAUGGGAAAAGGGGCAGAUGCGGUGUACAAGAAGGCCCUGACUGAAGCAGCAAAGCGGUUCAAAGAGCUUCAAGCAGAAAAGGAAAUGAAGCAGCUUCAGGAGGACAGAAAGAUUCAUAAAAAACCUCCUCCAUACAAACACAUUAAGGUAAAUAAGCCAAUUGGUAAGGUGCAGAUAAUCACAGCUGACCUGUCUGAGGUCCCACGCUGCAACUGCAAGGCGUCAGACGAGAAUCCGUGCGGCGUGGAUUCAGAGUGCAUCAAUCGAAUGUUGCUGUACGAGUGCCACCCCCAGGUUUGCGCUGCAGGGGAGCGAUGUCAAAACCAGACCUUCACAAAACGUCAAUACACAACUGUUGAAAUAUUCAGGACGCUGUCACGUGGCUGGGGUUUACGCAGCGUGUCUGAUAUUAAGAAGGGAGCCUUCGUGAGUGAAUAUGUCGGGGAAGUGAUUGAUGAAGAAGAAUGUCGGGCCAGAAUCAAACAUGCUCAGGAAAAAGACAUCUAUAAUUUCUACAUGCUGACAUUAGAUAAGGACAGAAUCAUUGACGCAGGACCCAAAGGGAAUCAGGCACGCUUCAUGAAUCACAGCUGCCAGCCAAAUUGUGAAACUCAGAAAUGGACUGUGAAUGGAGACACCCGUGUGGGACUGUUUGCUCUACAAGACAUCCUAAAAGGCGUGGAGCUGACUUUCAACUACAACCUAGAGUGUCUUGGCAAUGGCAAGACUGCCUGUAAAUGUGGCGCGCCCAAUUGCAGUGGCUUUCUUGGUGUUCGACCCAAGAAUCAGCCACCAGCUGAGAAGUUGAAAGAAGGGAAGAGGAGAGGGGGCAUGAAGAAGAAGACCAAACAAGUGGUGACCAAAGAAAGGGAGGACGAGUGUUUCAGCUGCGGUGAUGGGGGCCAAAUUGUGUCAUGCAAGAAGCCUGGUUGCCCAAAAGUCUACCACGCUGACUGUCUCAACUUGGCCAAGAGACCCGCAGGACGAUGGGAGUGUCCGUGGCAUCAAUGUGACGUCUGUGGUGAAGAAGCAUCUUCUUUCUGUGAGAUGUGCCCCAACUCUUUCUGCAAAGCACACUGCAACGACAUGCUCUUCGUCUCCAAGCUAGAUGGCAAAAUGUCCUGCAGUGAACAUGACCCCUGCGGGCCUGACCCCUUGGAGCCCGGCGAGAUUCGCGAAUACGUGCCAUGUGCCACAGUCCCCAAGCCCACCUCUGUUGCUGCGCCACUCGCAUCCCUUGCAGUCUCAGGUCCUGGAGGUUCAGCCCUGACUCCCUCACCUCGCAAGCCCCCUCCUCCUCGUCUCUACAUAAACACAAAGACUGCUACCUCCAGCUUCAUCCCGUCUUGCAGGUCUUAUAUCACAGACAGGUCAGGAGAGAAAGCUUCUUGGAGCUCGACAUCCUCCAAGGAUCAGAGCGAAGAUGGCCAAAUGGAAGACGGGGAGGUGCGCGGGUUAGAGGUAGACAAGGACAAAGAGGAUGAUAACGAUGAUGAUAAUGAAGAAAUCGUGCUUGGAGAAAUAGAGUUAGUGGAAGAUGAGCCGCUGUAUGAAGACAGCCAGGAGGAGGAGGAGGAAGAAGAUGUGUUUGACAGUUGCAGUGAUGACGAAGAGGAAGAAUCUGGCGAUAAUGAUGAGGACGGAGAAGAAGAUGAUAUCAAGUGA